CAUUAAUUUCACCUGAUCAUCAUCUGAUACUUGAAGCAGAUUUUAAUUAGAAACAAAAAAUAAUGGCAUCAAACAAAUUCCUAAACGUCAGCGUUCACCAUGCUGUUGGCAUCAAACCCAUCAAACUACACAUCGGCCCCAUGAGCCCAUAUACAACCGUUGGCAUCGUGGGUCACAAAUAUCACCCAAAACCCCAAAAAACAAACCCACACAUACACGGUGACACUGACCCUCUUUGGGAGUCUCAGAUGGUAGUGGAGUUACCGCAAGAUGCUUUCAAUGAAGGCAGCUUGUACAACUUCGUUGCUGAAAUCAAACAUUAUUCUCACGUGUCUGACCGUGUUAUAGGAAAAGUGACCAUACCUCUUCGUGAUGUUUUUGUGAACCGCGAGAGAGUCGGUUACUUGGUCAUGACAAAAGGAGAAGCCCAUGGGAAGCUUAUUCUUUCGCAUUCGCUAGUUGAUGACGACGAUGAUGCUGAUGUCGCAGUAGCUGCAGGCACUCAUGCAUCAUCCAUACCACUCCCUCCUACGGAAGCAACACUAGUUGUUCCAGCACCUACUGCCAACCCACUUGUAGCGAUUGGGUUGGUAGCAGGUGCUACCACAAUCGGUGAUAACUUGGUGAACACGGUCACCAACCUCACCGAUUUAUUCGGUAACUAAGGUAGUCGGGUGCAUUCACGAUUAAAGAGCCAUAUAUGUAUAUGCUGAGAUAACGGAGUGGUUAAGAAUAUGGUUUAUUACUAUCUUCGUUUUAUCUACUUUUAAAUGUAAUAAGGAAUGACUUUUUUUGUGUGUUGGAUGCAGUUGGAUUUCUCAAAGCUACAAUAUUUCAAAAAAGUUAUAUAUCACUAGAUACGUCCAUUUGUGUUGAAUGAUGCAUAUUAUGACACCUUUUAUGGAUUCAUUUAGUAUUUCUCUUGUUUCA